CCUCGGCUGAACCACAUCAGCCUAAAAUUACCUUGCAGAGGCAUUGUAUGGCUGAAUUAUGUCACAAUUAUGUGACUUCUAAGCUAGUGGUGAAUGCAGGCUGUGUGAGUAAAUGUGCAUUUAUUUAUGCACUUGUGAAAAUAUUUACAGCCCUCUGAAUAGCAUGGGCCUCUUGACACCGAAAACAUCUACUUGCUUAUCUGGGUGACAAGUUAUCAUACCGUGAGUAUCUGUAGGGGAUCCGAUGCCCCCAGAGUUAGGAGCAGACUCCCUUAAUUCACGGUGAAUCCCGUGUGUCUGGGUGACACAUGCCACGCUGGAAUCACCCUGUUCACGCUCGGUAAGCUUUUCCCCACUCUGCACCACAGCGUUUGGUGUUUUCCUGUGGGCCCGUCUCUGCUCCUCUCGGUUCUGCACAGCCGUGUGCGUGGUGGGGAGGCUCUGUCACUGCGAAUGGGACCCGGAGCAUCGGGCAGGGUGGACGGGACGGGAGGGAACAGGAGGAACGGGAGCGAGGGUCUCUCCCAUCCCGGGGCGGGAGCGGCCGCGCCUGGAGCGGGGCAGGUGCGGGGCCCGUGUGGGGAGCGGUGCCGGGCCGAGCUCCGGGCUGUGGUACCGGGCCGAAAUCCGGCCGUGCCCGUGUGGGGAGCGGUGCCGGGCCGAGCUCCGGGCUGUGGUACCGGGCCGAAAUCCGGCCGUGCCCGUGUGGGGAGAGGUGCCGGGCCGAGCUCCGGGCAGUGCCCGUAACGGGAUCGGUGCCAGGCCGAGCUCCGGACCUCCGGUCUGUGCCGUGUCAGACUGCGGUUCCGGGCCGUGCCCGCCCCGGGAUCGGUGCCAGGCCGAGCUCCGGAGCUCCGGACUGUGCCCGUGUCAGACUGCGGUACCGGGCCGAGCUGCGGUCUGUGCCGUGUCGGAGCGCGGUUCCGGGCGGUGCGGGGCCGGAGCAGGCGGCGGGAGCGGGGCGGGGGUGGGCCGUGCCAGCCCCCCCGCCGUGCUCUCCGCCGCUAAUGGCUCUGCUCUGCCGCUGCGCAGAGUCCCGCGGGUGCGAUUCACCUGCCGCAGGAAGGAGGCUAAUCCCAUCGCGGCUUCAGCGCCCCCCCGCCCGCAGCUGAGGCGGCGGCAGCGGUGGGCGCCGCGCACCGAGCCCUGCCCGCCGGCCCCCGCCUGCCCAGCAUGUCCGUAACAGAUCAAGCCUUUGUGACCCUUGCUACUGAUGAUGUGUACUGUCAAGGUGCUCUCGUUCUUGGGCAAUCAUUGAGGAAUCAUAAGACAUCCAGAAAACUGGCAGUUCUGAUUACUCCAGUGGUUUCCAGUGGGAUGAGGUCAGUCCUCAGCAGUGUAUUUGAUGAAGUGAUCGAGGUGGGCGUGCUGGACAGCUCUGACUCAGUCCAUUUGGCUCUGAUGCAGAGGCCAGAGCUGGGUGUAACCUACACUAAGCUUCAUUGUUGGACUCUCACUCAUUACAGCAAAUGUGUCUUCAUGGAUGCAGACACUUUGGUGCUUUGCAAUGUUGAUGAGCUGUUUGAUCGAGAAGAGUUUUCAGCAGCUCCUGAUUCUGGCUGGCCUGACUGCUUCAACAGUGGCGUGUUUGUGUUCCGACCCUCCUUGAAGACCUACAGGCUGCUGCUCCAGUUUGCUGCUGAGCAUGGCAGCUUUGAUGGAGGUGAUCAAGGCUUGUUGAACAGCUUCUUCAGCAACUGGGCAACAGCAGAUAUUGACAAACACUUGCCUUUCCUCUAUAACUUAAGCAGCAGCUCUGUAUACACCUAUGUUCCUGCUUUCAAUCAUUUUGGUAGAGAUGCCAAAGUUGUUCACUUCUUGGGACCAACAAAGCCCUGGAACUACAAAUACAACCUUCAAACAAAGAGAGUUAUGCAGGAUGACACCACUGCUGAAUCUUUUCAUCAACUGUCAUUUCUUGCCCUCUGGUGGAAUAUAUACAGUGCCAGUAUAUUGCCUUUGUUGGAAAAACUUCAAAAGAUGGAAGAAUCAGAAUCUGAGGAAUGCAAGCACACUUUCAAUGGAGUUGAAGUUACCCUGAAGAAGGUCAGUCCUUACGUGGCCAGUUCACUACCUAAGCCUGAGCUCCCAGAGCAGACAAAUGAUGUAAAUCCCUCAGCAUGCUCACCCGAGGAACUUGUUUCCAAAGCUCAACCUGUAUGUGAAGUCGAACCAAGAGAUUCUAACGUCCGUCCCUCUGAGCCUGACAGACCUUCAGAACAACCUGUAUUUCAACCAGCAUUUCAGGAAACCUCAGAAAUGAACGAGGUUGCACAUUCUGUUUCAGAGCUGUCUAUUCACUUCAUACCAGCAAAGCCAAGUCCAGAAGAUGAACGGAGAAAAUGGGAGGAGGGGCGCAUGGACUAUAUGGGGAAAGAUGCUUUUGAACAUAUCAAAAAGAAGUUGGAUGCAUUUUUACACUAAGACAGGGUGUAUUGUUAUGCCCAUCAUGAUAGAUUUCUCUAUAAAUGCAAUUCUUGACUACUUGGCUGUUUUUAACCAGUUUAGCUGACACCAGUUAGAGGUUAUUAUGGAUCCUCAUAUGUUCUUGGGGGGCCUUAAUAGAUACAGAAUCUUUUUGUUUUUAUUGAUAAAUGUGCCUUUUUAUUGUUACAUAUGUCUCAUCUUCACUGUUCUCACACAGUGCCUUCUAAAGAAUAAUGAAUGGUACAUUUCUGAGUAUGAAUUCCCAUGUACUGAUCAGUCUUCCCUGGUGCACCCAUCUGCAUUCUGCAGAAACAGCCAUGUAGGAAACAUGUUGGAACUUGAGAUUUUUUUUUGGAGGUUGAACUUUUUCCAAACAGAUUAUUCCCAAAGUAUUUUCAAAAAUAUUUAUAAUAUUUAAAUAAAAAGAAUUUAUUCUUGAAACCAAAUUAACACCUUCAAGAGUGACCAUGAUGUAGACUUCAAUAUGAGAAAGAAGUGAUGAAAUCCUGACCUCAUAGGAGUCUGCAAUAAAACUUCUUAAUUUGAACACAUUUAGGAUUAGAGGAUCUUUUAGAUUUCAUCUGAGAAGUGGAUGCUCUACCUACUUAUAGGAAACUGCUCCAUAACAAGUGUGGAAGCAAGGUUUAAACUCUUUAAGACAAAGUGAUAACGUAUGUUAACCUUUUAUAUUGUUGCCAUAGGAUACUGAUGCUUUUUAAAAUAUUGUAUAGUGUUAGUUGCAUAUUCUGAGUUGUGUGGUCAGAAGAAGAAAUGCUGACAGCACAGUGUAAACCCUCUGGUGCUUUAUAUCAAUUUGUUUACAGUACUUCAAGCUGCAGCUGAUAAAGGCCUUUGGCUUAGCAUUGUUGCCCCAUACUGCAGGCAAUUUGAGUGCAACUGAAAAAAAAAUUGGCACUUGUUUUAGUAAACAAGCCCUUUGAAGAUCUUUUAAACAAUAGCUGUGUGUGGGGACCAGUAAAUUUCUGAGGAUAAGUGCAGAAAAAAAAUCGACUGAUGAGACUGCAUUAUAUUAAGGACACUUCCAGGGGAAUGUUUUGUGUAUUUGGGUACUUAGAUUGACACAUCUCAGUGAGUUUGUUUUAACAAACAGGUAAAAUACUUCCUUUCAAAGCAAAAAACUUUUCAAGAAGGUUGUGACAGCUAUGCUAAUAUAAUAAUAGAUUUGACAGUUAUUUGUAACCUCUCUCAAUAUUGAAAUAAGAAUUCUGCACGACUUGAAACAUUUUGGUCUAAAUACAUCACAAAUUUUGGCAGAGAGAUGCCUAAUGAAAUCUUUGGAAUUCUGUCUCAAAGCAAUGAUGUACCAUUAUGCAUAGAUACUAGCAGGAAAAAAUGAUAGCAGGAUAGGAGGGAAGAAUAAAAUUUUAUUUCUUUUUCCUCCCAUCAAAAAGGGUGAGAGGGUGGGGCAGGGAAUAAGUGUGCAAAUCAGGAGAGGAAUGAAAGAGUCAAAAGGUCCCUUAAAAAAAGAAAACAAAAAUCUGUGAGUAUCUUAGAAUUACUUCCUAAUAUUCACAUUAGUGGAUUUGCUUUCACUUGUGUAGGAUAUUUCUGAUUUUAUCUAGCUCUCUUUUAUCCUUAAACUCUUAAAUGGGGAACCCCAUUGGUGUGUCUGUUGAAUACAAACAUCGAGGUCAAGUUAGGUGUUUAGGGGCAGCAGAGAAAUUGAAAUCAGUUCUCUCUCUGACUAACCUUGGCACCCUGGAUAGCCUGUGUUCCUGGGCAGGUGAUUUCACACAUUGACACAGGUGGGUGUGUUCUACCUCUUGGUGCUGUGGCCCAGUGCAGCAGCGUGGAGAGACAGCAGCUGCGGUGUGCCCUUACUCACGUGGCAUUUCAUCUUCUGGCUGUCCCUAUUUCUUAGUGAUCCUUGGGACUGCAGAGAGUGUCCUCUGUAUAAACAGUCCUAACAGCUUUUGAAAACUGUACAGAGCUGUAGCCAGCAAUGUGAACUCAUGCUUCAUGCAGAUGUAAAUUUUACAUUAACGAUUAGGUCUUAUUUGGUACGUUGAUUAGAUUAUGGAAAAAAAAUGACUGAAAGCUUUUAAAAAAAGGCAUAAGAAUGUAGUCAAAUGUGUAAUUGAGUACAUUUCAAAUUGUUAAUAUGUACAAUAGUACUCUGGCUUAUACAAUGUUUUGCAUAGAAUUGUAGUGCAAUAAUGUAAUGGAAAUAAAAGAAAUGGAAAAGA